GCCUUCAACAGCUGUCCCAGCCAUGGUGUGCGAUUCAAUUUGGCCUUAAAUGACAGUCUUGCUUUCGACGAACUUGAGAGCUCCUAUAUAUAGAAUAGAAGCCAUCCACAGUGGGCUUCGCAUCUUCCGCUGCAACGUGUGUCUUUUGCGUUUCCGCGCCGUGUUUCUUUGGUGGCUGAUGCGGCCAUCGCCAUGUCGGAGCGCGACGCGGAGGAGCUGCUGUGGUCGUUGGGAGUCGGAGCUGCCCUGCCCCAAUGGCUGAAAGACGCUUCUGCGCAUCGUCCGUGUAGGCCUUUUCGAGGCCAAGAAGCUGUUCCUGCCAUCCCAGUGGAUGAAGAUAGAACCCAGGCACUGGCGUGUCACGCAGACCUGCUAGACCCAGAAGCUCCAGGUCAGGAAAAAGAGCGGGGAGGAGGAGUUGGCGUUUUCGAAACCUCCAUCAAGGGCUGGCUUGAAAGCCUCGAUGAUGACGGAUUCCUGGCGGGAGUGACGGGCCCAGGUCUCAGGAUGGUGAAGUUGACCGGCAGUUCUUUAAAGAUGCUGGAAUCAAGAAGCUUGGCCAUCAACGGCUCUUCGAGAAAUGGUUCAGAGAGCAUCAGGCCACGCAAGCACACCAGCGGUGCCCCAUCGGAUCACCUUCGGAAAAGAUAGAUUGCUGGAGUUGGAUGGCCAAGCUCUGGAUUUCGUCGUGUUGCA